AUGAGUGUCCCUGGGCAUCAGGGCAGGCCGGAGGGUGAAAUGUUCCUCAAUCGCCCCUCCGGUAGAGACUCGCCCACCAUUGUGGAACCGCUGCGCAUCAAUAAGAGGACCGCUAGUGCAUCCUCAAGUGUGUCGUCGGUUGCAGGCAAGCAAAGCCCUGUGCCCCAGCAACCCCCUCAAUCCACGACAGUUUACCCUAUGCCAUCGUUGCCCUACCCUGACGAACGACCGAGGCAGCAGGCUCAGUCCUCACGUAUCAAUGGCAACCCGGUAUCGACUCCAUAUCCUUACCCUGAUGUGAGAAGAGUGACAUCUCCAGAGCAGGCGGGCUCAAGACAGCCUGGUCAGAGAAGGCCAUCAGGAGGUGGACAGACAUUAGCCGAGCGUCGGGGGACGAUGCCCAAGCCUUUGCCCGAGUCUCCUGGUCCAGAUGCACCGGACAAAGAGGGUUUGUUCCAGCGUCAACCACAACGUGGAGACGGCCCUGCUACUGCACCGCUGCCUGGCUCGCAAAGUCAGAGCAGCCAACAAUACUGGCCUCCUCCCUCUGCAUCCUCGGCGGCCGAUGCAUUGAGCCGACUGAAGAUCAGGGAUCCGGGCUCAAUCAAUCGCAUCAGUUCGACUGCCUCAACGUCGACAACGAGAGCUCAGCGCGGAUCCCCUCCUCCGCCAGAGACACCUAUUUCGGGGCCAGCCGCACGCCCACAGACCGACAUCGAGGCUCGAUAUGCGGCAUCUGGCAUUGCUGGCGCUGCCACUCUCAACAGUCUGCAAGCACAAAGUCUUGCUGCACAGCAGAGAGCUGCUCAAUAUGGUGCGCCUGCUCAACAACAAAAUGACCAGCCUAGACGGCCUUGGACACCAACAGAGGCACCCGGUAGUAGUCCGCACCCGCCGCCUACAGUGUAUCAAGGCAUGGGUAUCGCACAGUCGUCUCCGCCAACUGCUUCGGCAGCUCCGGUGGUUCAGCAGCCUACAGUCUCUUCUCCAGGCCGCAAUCCGUAUCCUGUAGAGAAUGAGAUAUCGAGGCUCCAGCCUCAUGAGGAGCCUCCACCAGCUUAUUCUCAGGUUUCCGGUCCGAAUGGUCGCCGGCCGCCUGAAAAGCACCGACAAAGCAUGGUUGGAGCAGGAGCACCAGCCACGGGUACUCCAGCUCCUGUACCAAUCGCGCAAACGAACACCGUGCCGGGUGCGCAAGUGCCGAACCAGCAGGGCCAUCCUGCAUUUGCCAAUGACCCUAGACAACACAAUCAGAGUCCUGCUUCUGCUGCCGCCGUCAAUGGUCAAGCCCAACAGACCCAGCAGCAUGCGCAGCAAAUGCCUGCGCAAAUUCCCCCAGCAUCUCCUCCACCGCUUCCCGAGGGGUGGAUUGCGCAUCUUGACGCAAAUUCUGGACAGUAUUACUAUAUUCACCUCCCCACACAGGCCACGCAAUGGGAGUUUCCAAAAGGCCCAACACCACUGAACCUGCACGAGACUCCUCUAUCGCCCGUAGGCAGUGUUUACCAAAAUCCCCUCUCUUCCCCGGGUCUUUCCUUUAGCCAAAAGCCGCUGGCCUCGCCUGGUUUACCGCUAACACCAGGCUACGACCAGCAGAGCGUGAUGAACUUGUCGAACCCAGCAGCAUUCACAGGUCCCCCUCCCACCAGCGGCAUUGACAUAUACAAAGUCGUGGCCACAAAUGGCGUCUACUUUGGCCCGUAUCUACGUUAUACGAACAUGGACAUAGACCGGGGGAUAUGGUACGGCUCGAUACUGCUUGUGACUGACGCUCCACAACCACCAACGAUCCACAUCCACCAAAGCAUUGAUCUGUCACCGAAUCCACGACAGCUUAAGGCCGCCAAUAUUUCACAGCACCAGCGAUGGACAUUCUACAAGUACGAGAUUGAUCUUCAGAUGGAAGAAUCCGGACCUGCAAAGUGGACGUAUGCAAUCACCUCCCACCUUGGCUGUACUCGUUAUGAGUUCUUAGUCGCUGGAAAACACGAGACGAAUUGGCGUUUCAUCGCAACCUCGGGCAACGACUUUACUCUUAACGUCAGCGCUAACGAGCGUGCGCGACUCGGUGGUGUCGGCUUUAUGUGGAAGGAUAUUAUGCAGAAGCAUGCCGAGUGCGGUGGCUUCCACUGCCAACUCGGGCUAGGAAGUCAGAUAUAUGCUGACCGGAUGUGGAAAGAGAUUGCAUCGCUGAAACAAUGGCUAGCGACAAGCGGCAAGGAGAAUAGGAAGAAUGCAGUCUGGACCGCAGCACAUGAAGAGGACGUGACACAUGCAUAUUUCCACUAUUACACCAGUCACUUCGACCAACCUUACCUACGAGAAGCUUUUGCCCAAAUACCCCACGUCCUCACACUUGAUGAUCAUGAUAUAUUUGACGGAUUUGGAUCUUAUCCUGAAUAUAUGCAGUUUAGCAAUAUGUUCAAGAAUAUUGGGCGGAUAGGUAUCGAAAUGUACCUGCUGUUUCAGCACCACACUACUCUCGAAAUUCUGCGCAAUGUAUCCGACGAUCACGACUUAUUCACCGUCACCGGCACUGGCUGGCAUUUUGUGAAGUUCCUCGGACCAGCAGUCGCUGUGGUGGGUCCAGACACCAGAAGCGAACGUAAUCCUCACCAAGUCAUGGCUGGACCAACGUACCAAGGUCUAUUUCCCAAGAUCGCGCUACUCCCCCAAACGAUACAGCAUUGUAUACUAAUGAUCCCGGUGCCACUGAUCUAUCCUCGACUAGACGCAGCAGAGCAAAUCGCCCAUACGAUGGCUACCGGGAAGAAGGCCGUGACCGGGGCAUACAACGUCCUUGGUAAAGUCACAAGUUCUGUAGCGGGUGUCGUCGGUGCGAAAGGUGCAGUCGGUUCAGGUUUUGAUUCUGUCAAGCGUGCUGUUGGCAAAUCCGGACUUAUGGGUGGUAUCCUGAAUCCUUUCGGCGAUAUCGACGUACUCGACGAACUCAAGGACCAGUGGACGCACGAGUCGAAGGAUCUUGAGCGCACUUAUUUCAUUCGCACUCUCCAAGGCAUCUCUCACCAGCGUUCCAUCCGUAUGACGUUUAUCUCGGGCGCCGUCAACACGUGUGGUGCUGGUCUGGUUCACGAUCCAUCGCAUCCAUCUGACCACAAGACGAUGUACCAGCUGAUUUCAUCGUCAGUCGUCAACACACCACCCCCUAGCUACGUCAUGAAACUCCUGAACAACAACAAGCCAUUGUACAUUCCUCCGAACGGUCAACGGUCGACGCCUUCGCAACCAACCGACACGAAGGAGGACAUGAUGGAGAUCUUCACACAUGACGUGACGGGCCAAGGCAUGAAUAAUCGCAAACUCAUGGCUCGCAGGAACUACGUCGCCAUCGUCGUGUACGAUCCGGAAAUUGUCAAUGGCACUUUCGGUAGUACGGGAAUGCACCGGGGUGGUGGCAGGUUGAGUCUCGCCACGGACUUCCUCGUACAGGGGGAGGGCGCAUACGGAAAUGUGGUCAAGUACGGACCGGUGGUGGUGCCCAGUCUCGAGUUUGGCCGAUAG